ACCAAUACUGAAGCGAGAGCGCUUUCGUCCCUGCCAUGGCUGAGCUAAUCCAGAAGAAGCUGCAGGGAGAAGUGGAGAAAUAUCAACAGCUGCAGAAGGACUUGAGUAAAUCCAUGUCAGGGAGGCAGAAACUAGAGGCACAACUAACAGAGAAUAAUAUCGUGAAGGAGGAACUGGCUCUGCUGGAUGGGUCCAACGUGGUGUUUAAACUUCUGGGGCCGGUGCUGGUCAAACAGGAGCUGGGGGAAGCUCGGGCCACAGUGGGGAAAAGGCUGGACUACAUCACAGCUGAGAUUAAGCGAUAUGAAUCCCAGCUCCGGGACCUAGAGCGGCAGUCAGAACAACAGAGGGAGACCCUUGCUCAGCUGCAGCAGGAGUUUCAGCGGGCGCAGGCGGCAAAGGCAGGGGCUCCUGGGAAGGCCUGACCCUGUCCUGGGGGGUGGGGGAGGGGAAGGAAUGAGGCAGCUCUAGGGUCUAUACUGUAGUU